GGGGGAGGGAUGGCAAGUCCUGCGAGCACACUUGACGUACCGCGACGACGACGAGAGAUAUUGUUGUAGAGGAUACGAUGGCCGAGACGGAAGGUGAUAUAGCCAAGGUUGUCGAGGUGGUCCGUGGAGCGCCCAAGGUUGAGCUGCAUGUGCAUCUUGCGGGCGCUAUGCCACAGGCGACGCUCGACGGACUGUGCAGCAAGUACGGGGUGGCGCCACGGAGCGCUGCCUUUGUGGACUACGCCACCUUUAUCGAGACGUGGGUGUGGAUGGUGGACGAGCUGAUCCGUGAGGCCGACGACUACCGCCGUAUUGCGGAGGACGCGCUGACGGCCAUGGCCACACAAUCAAACGUGGUCUACGCGGAGGUCUUCUGCUCACCGGGCACCCCGGUCAAGGAGGGCAAGUUCUCGCUUGCCGACGCGCUCGACGCCAUCCUGGCCGGUGCGGCGGCGGCCCGCGCUGCGACGGGCAUCGAGGCUGUGUUUGUGGUUGAUCUGGAGCGGCUGACCGGGCCCGAGUGGGGGAUGGCGCUCCUCGACAGCAUGGCGCCGUACGUGGGCAAGGGCGUCAUCGGCGUCGGGCUCGGCGGGCCCGAGGCGGCGUGCGAGGCCGAGGUGUACGCACCGGUCUUUGCCCGGGCGCGCGAGAUGGGGUUGCGGCUCACUGCCCACUGCGGUGAGUCGCAGGGCGCACCUGAGGUUGCCGCCUGCCUCGAUGCGCUCGGCAUUGAGCGCAUAGGCCACGGCGUGCGGAUUAUGGAGGAUCCGGAGCUUGUCGUCCGCGCCGCCGGUCUCGGCGUCCCGUUUGAGGUCUGCCUCACCUCGAAUGUGGCCACGGGCCUGGUGGCAUCAAUCCAGGCCCAUCCGUUGCCAGCCAUGCUCGCUGCCGGUCUGGUCUGCACGCUCAACUCGGACGACCCGCUGUUCUUUGACACCACCCUCGCCGAUGAGUACGCGGCUGCGGUGACGCGGCUGGGCAUGGACUACGAUGCGGCUGUCGGACUCCUUCGCGCCGCUAUUGCGACGUCCUGGGCACCGGACGCGUACAAGGCCGAGCUAGAAGCGCAGCUCGACGCCUACCUCGAAAGGUAGGCGAGCAGGGCCUCGCACUGCGUGCGCAGCUCACUUGCUGUGGCGUCAAUGGUGCCUUUGGCGGCGAGGGCCUCGAACACGGCCAAGUCGGUCCCGUGGGCCUUGGCCCAGCGCAGAAUGGACUUGUUUUCUUCGGCGGUCCACUCCCGCGGGCCGGCACUGUUGGCCCCGCCGUGGGUAUUGUCAUCAUCGUCGUCGUCGCUCAGCACGACUUCUUCGGCAGCUGCGGGGACCGGGCGCAAGGCGCGCGCCCGCUGCUCUUCCCGCUCGCGUAGAAUCGCCAGCGAGGCCUCAACCUCGAGGACGUAGCUAGUGUGACGGGCGAGGGACGCUGGCGAGAGGUCAACGUCAAACGGAAGAAACGGCAUCGGGUGCGAGCCUGGCGAGACAUGGCGAACGUCGUCGGGUGGGAUGGCGGCAAGCGUGGGAGAAGGGACCGGAUGUGCGGAGCCGUCGAGGCGGUGCAACGCCUUUGCGGCGACACCGGCGAUCGAUGGGGCGCGCUUACGCUUGCGCCGGCGCGAAGGCGGCAACGGCAGGAGGCCAAAGAUGUCGCCACGGCGCGGAAAGAUGGCUAUCAGCC